GGAUCACAAGGUUACACGUUUUAGUGUCCUUGAAUUGCUUCUUCUCCUUGGUACCAACCCAUGUAAAAUGCAUUUUACAUGUGAGCUGUAUUUCGGCUCCAGCAAAACAUUCAUGAUACGACCAACGGAGGUUUGAACACUGCAAGGAGGUAAUACAUCUUCCAAGAACGUGGGACAGUGAUAUGCAGUCUGCCCCAAACAUUCUGCAGUGCGUCCGAAAUCAAUGCCAGCUGGGUGAUCAUAAGGGAUUUUGAUGCAUUUCCCCUGAAAACAAUCCAAGAUUUUUUUCCAUAUGUAACUGUCAGCAAGAGUGUAAUUAACUUGAUGUGCACUUUCACUAGUCCCUUAGCAGGGGAAUUAUGAAAUAUACUUCCUUAAGGAAGAAAUCAUGCACCCUAUUUAUUUAAAAACGCGCCUUUUAGGUUGUCGCAUUAACCAAUCAUAUAUUAAAGAUAUAGCGCGUUAAUGUCUUUGAAUUACUGUCUAGAUUUUAAAGCUGCCAGCUGUCAUAAUGAAUGUUAGGCGUGUUGUUUUCAGUUUCCGGAAUUUAUGCCUAUGCAGAAUAAAUGGGUUCGCUACAGUCAGGCUCCCAAUACCAGGGGUGGACAAUGUGUUGCUGAUAUCAUCAGCGAAGGGUGGCGUCGGAAAGUCAACUGUGGCUGUCAAUUUGGCUUUGGCUUUACAACAGCACGUGGAUGGUGGUAAUAUUGGUGUGCUAGAUGCUGACGUAUUUGGACCUUCUAUACCAAGAAUGCUCAAAUUGGAAGGCAUAUCACCUGAAGUCGAUAAAAUGAAACGGAUCAUACCCCUAACUAACUACAACAUCAAAUGUAUGUCCAUGGGGUUCUUAGUCGGUAGUGAAUCAGCAGUUACAUGGCGUGGUCUCAUGGUAAUGUCAGCGAUUCAGCAACUGUUACGUCAAAUUCCUAUUUGCGGGAUAGUUGAAAAUAUGAGUGAAUACAUCUGUCCAUCCUGUGGCCAUCAUGAACCAUUAUUCGACAAUAUGAAUGAGGGUAAAUCUGGAGGUGAAAGACUGGCUGAGAUUACUAACCUACCCCUUCUUGCACGCAUACCAAUCGACCCGCAACUAGUACGCGCCUGUGAUAAUGGUGAGCCAAUAAUCGUUUCUAAACCGGAAUCAAAAACCUCAAGUAUUUAUAAGGAGCUUGCAGAUAUUACAAUAAAACGGUUGCAUAUUCUAAAAAGUGGAAAUAUACAUAAAAACAAUUCCAGUACACAGCAGAAUGGUAUACUGUACAACCGUAAAUAAGGUCAUGAAAGCGUUCGGGUAGUUAUGUUUUCUAUAAUAUCAAUUUAAUUCAAAGAUGGACUUCUGUUUUUAUUCCAUCUGACACGUAUUGUAGGCCAUUUUGUCGCCAAACAUUGCUGUAUAGGACUUCGGUCAACAGGUUGAGUUUCAGUAAGUUCUUCUGUAGGAUCUAUAAGGUGCGCUUCGCCAAUACUAUACCGGACCUAUUUAGAAAAAAAGUAAACUCGAUGAUAAUUUUCAAAAGGGUUAAUUUAGACGAGGAUAUCUACGAAUAAAUAAUGAUCAUAAUAAUUAAAUUUGCUCGGUACAUUACUUUAUACAUUGGGCUGUAACUUCCAUUUCACACAAGAGAUCAUAUGUUACUUCAUGGCUAUCAGAGUCGAAUUAGAAAAGGAGUUUUGAACUCCAUUAUGAAAAAAAUGUAGUGCUAAAGUCAAUGAGUCUAAUUGAUAAAUUUUCUAGAUUUAUUACUCCGCACCAUGUAGCGACAUGCAUUUCAAUCUCCAACUUCUACAUCAUUCGUGAAACGCAAAUCUUGUGAAGUGUAAACAUAGAAUUCAGGGCAGUUAAAUUUCCUAUGAAGUUUUCUAUGACUGCUGUUUUAUC